UAGUUUAAUAAUAUUUGAUAGCAAAUACAAGAUGAUUGGAUUACUAUCAAUCGGUAGAUAGAUGAAUCAGAAGAUACUUUACAUAAUCGUUGAAUAGUAAACUAACCAACAAAAAUGAUUCACGUUGUCAAUUCCAUCAAUAGACAAUAUUUUCCGAAAUUCGCUUUCAUUGUUUAAUGAUUCUAUGAAUAACAAAAAUUAGGACUACGAUCAAUUAAGUCAAUGUAUUCUGAUUAAAUUAUAAAUAUAUAAUAGUAAUCAUGCACGCAAUACAAUGGAAAUGAAUUAGUUAUGCCAUUUUCAGAUUAAAAGCGGAGAAACAUCUAACCUGAUAUUGAAUUUAGCGUUGAGUAUCUUUGAAAAAAAAAAAUAACUGCUGCCUCAUACGCUGAACGUACUAGGCUCCAUUAUGAUUUUAUCGAACACGAUAAACAACCGGAUGGUUCAAUUUUAUUAAGGUGUGAAACCAGCAUCAUGCAGAUAAUACUACGCAUGUUCAUUAACACACCUAGCUGCAAAAUAACUGUACAAUGUGACAAGUGCUCAGGACAAAUGCAAAAAGAUAAAAUAGCACCAAUUAUAUAUCCGUCAGAUAUAAAAAACAAUGAUCUUGACAUGACCAAACUUGGAGAUCUUUCAAUGACUAUAAAAUGUAGGGUUGAAGGUUGUUCAGGGCGGAAAAAGACGUCAAUUUCUGAGUUGGGUGAUAUUAUAAUCUUCGAAGUAUUCAAUGCUCAACGCGAUGUGCAGAUGAAGCUUGAUGAUCUACCAAGGAACUUAAGAAAUCCACUAAACACUGAAGAAUCAUACAGGCUUGUAGGAAAAGUAGAUUUCAUUCCACCGGUGACAAUCUCAAGAAGAUCAUCUUCAGAACAUGGGAUAGGCCAUUUUAAAGCGGUUUGUUUGCAAGGUGUUCAAUGGGUAGUGUUAACGAUCGAGAAAAAUAUGAAUGUAAUAUCGCAAAAACGAAAUCAGUAAGCUUGCAGAUCUUAAUGUAUAUAAAAUAAAAAUAAAUAGGUUUC